AGCUCCAAGGUCACACUGCACAUUAAGCGGUGAUGCCCGGGAAACCUGAGCUUUUCCCUUGGACAAAGCGUGCGUCCUCGGCUCGCAGGCAUUUCAGAGCCGCCUGGGGCGUAAGCUGGGUGUCUUGGUCACCACCGUGUAGUUCCAGGGCAGUUUGGUGUCCACAUUCCCCUGCGAACUCUGGCUCCGGCCUGCCCUCUCAGCUUCGGGUUCCAGGAGAUGUGAUUCUGAUGCAAGAACUCUAGUUGGGAGGGUCGACCACUGGUGGCCGGAAGCGGCAAGCUGAACUUGAGUAACAGAAUUCUUGUUUGCUCGGAGACUGCUCUCAAACAAGCCGUGGUGUGGGUUCAGUGAGGAGCAGGUACUGUGGCACAGAGCACCCUGUACCGCGUGGGACUGGAUGGCCAGGGCACUGACGAGUAGCUUUGUAGCCUUGUAGGAGUCAUUUCAAGUUCUCGGAGCGUUCGUUUCCAGAAGUGUCAAAUGGGGAUGGUGGGAAAGGCUCAGAGUGGAAGCGUUUCUCCCAGGUGUGUCUCAGGACCCGGCAGGUGGCAAACCCUCGGUACUGGCCAGCUCUUCUGUCUGUGAUGAAUUAUCAAGGUGUCCACAGGAGGCUGGCAAAGGGUGGCAGAGUGCUCGAGGAUGAUGCUGUGGUCGAGAGGCCAGGAGGAGCCCCGCCCCGCAGUCGGUAGUACGGGAUGCCAGUCCUGUUGGGAAACCUGAGAGAAACAUGAAGCCUCCAGCCAUCUGGAACUCGGGAACUCAUUCUGGGCUGCCUGUGGCUUCUAGAACAUGCAGGUGUUCUGCAGAUGCAAGCUUUUCCCUGUAAUCACCCGGUGGGGUCUCCAACCGAUGGGAGGCCCACCCUGUGGUCCCUACACUCGGAGGGGUGGCUCUCUGAGGGACCCAGGACCUCGCUGACAGCGCAUCUAACUGUCGAACCCAACCUCUGUGUUGAGCCGCCGGGGGAGACAUCUACAGAACCCAGGCGUGCCAAGACAGGGCUUAUACCUUUCGCAACCCCUGAAUUAAGAUUCAAGCCUUGUCUCAUUAGCUCCACAAUCCCUGUGGCCAUCGCCACCAAUGCCACCACCGCUGCCCCCCUGGGAGUUGCUUGCAGACCGCAGCCCAGCUCCCUAGAGACCACCUGCAUUGCAAGAGAAUCGAAAGGGAGCUCUUGGGAAAGGGCCCCGCCCAUCUGCUCCACCGCUGCCAGUCACUGUAGACAGCCGGAAGCCCCGCCCUUUACGCCAUGGGCUGCCUCUCCCUCAAGGUGUUGCUGGUGGGAGUGAGCCUCUCAGGCGUCCUGUAUCCUCUUGUGGAUUUUCACAUCCGUGCGAAAACAAGAGACCAGAGACCCAACUUCGUGAUCAUUUUGGCUGAUGAUAUGGGCUGGGGUGACCUGGGAGCCAACUGGGCCGAAACAAAGGACACAGCCAACCUCGACGAGAUGGCCUCGCAAGGAAUGAGGUUUGAAGAUUUUCAUGCGGCUGCUUCCACCUGCUCGCCCUCCAGAGCCUCCCUCCUCACGGGCCGGCUCGGCCUCCGCAAUGGAGUCACGCACAACUUUGCAGUCACCUCGGUCGGGGGCCUUCCUCUCAAUGAGACCACCCUAGCAGAGGUGCUGCAGCAGGCGGGCUAUGUCACUGGGAUGAUAGGCAAAUGGCAUCUUGGGCACCAUGGCUCUUAUCACCCCAACUUCCGUGGUUUUGAUUACUAUUUCGGAAUCCCAUACAGCCACGAUAUGGGCUGCACCGACAACCCGGGCUACAACAAGCCACCCUGUCCAGCGUGUCCACGCCACGACAGGCCAGUGAGUGGGCAUCAGAGAGACUGUUACUCGGACCUGGCCCUUCCGCUCUACGAGAAUCUCAGCAUUGUGGAGCAGCCCGUGAACCUGAGCAGCCUGGCCCAGAAGUACGUGGAGAAAGCGACCCAGUUCAUCCAGCACGCGAGUGCCAGCGGAAGACCCUUCCUGCUCUACGUGGCCCUGGCCCACAUGCACGUGCCCUUACCUGCAGCCGAACCACCAGCAGACCCACAGGGCCCAGGCCCAUACGUUGCAAGUCUCCGGGAGAUGGACUGGUUGGUGGGUCAGAUCAAGGACAGAGUUGACCACACAGCACAAGAAAACACGCUCCUCUGGUUUACAGGAGACAACGGGCCCUGGGCUCAGAAGUGUGAACUGGCGGGCAGUGUGGGGCCCUUCACUGGAGCGUGGCAGACUCAUCAAGGGGGGAGUCCAGCCAAGCAGACCACCUGGGAGGGAGGCCACCGGGUCCCGGCGCUGGCUUACUGGCCAGGCAGAGUACCAGCCAAUGUCACCAGCACCGCCUUGCUGAGCAUGCUGGACAUUUUCCCCACCGUGGUGGCCCUGUCCGGGGCCAGCCUGCCUCCGGGCCGGCACUUGGAUGGCCUGGAUGUCUCCGACGUGAUCUUUGGCCGCUCCCAGAUCGGACACAGGGUGCUGUUCCACCCCAACAGUGGGGCAGCUGGGGAGUACGGAGCCCUGCAGACUGUCCGCCUGGGGCCGUACAAGGCCUUCUACAUCACUGGUGGAGCCCAAGCUUGUGAUGGACACACUGGGCCUGAGCAGCAUCAUGAGCCUCCUCUUAUUUUCAACCUGGACAAUGAUGUGGCAGAGGGUGUGCCUCUGCCGAGCGGUGGCGCCCAGUAUCAGGCCGUGCUGCCCAAGGUCAGACGGGCUCUGGCCGACAUCCUCCGAGACAUUGCUGGUGACAAGGUCUCCCAGGCGGACUACACCCACGAUCCCUCAGUGGUCCCCUGCUGCAAUCCUUCCCGAGUUGCCUGCCGCUGCCAAGCCAAGGAGCAGAACUUUCUGCAGGAGGAGACCUUUGGACAUUAGAUGGGCAAAGUUCACUUUCAAACUGCAUUUUACCCCCUUUAUAGACACAUGCUUCAAAAAAUAAAUGUCAGAAUUCUGCUCUGAGGCUACCUCUCUGCCAGCCAGAGAGCAGCUGAGCUGAGUACAUUCCUGGACCAUGAGUGAAGCAGGAUGGAAACAGGUUCAAGGGUCAGGGUUUGCAUUUGAGCAGUGAUUUAACCUAACUCGCCAGUUGGUGCUGAGGGUCAAAUGAGGCUGUGAGGAAGCCUGGCACGUGACCUCACACAAGGCAGACACUCGGCACAGUUCAGUCUCGUUCUUACGUCCUUAGGUUUGCUGGAGCAAAUCUUCUCCAUCUAAAGUAUGUAUACAGGGCCAGCACUAUGGUGCAGAGUGUUGAGCUGCCAUGCGAUGCUUGCAUCUCUAAUGACUACCCAUUUGAAUCCUGGCUGCUUCAUUUCCAGUCCAGCCACAUACUGAUGCACCUGGGAAAGUGGCCAAAGAUGGCCCAAGUGCUAGGGCCCCUGAUAGCCCUGUAAGAGACCCGGAUGGAGGCUCUGGUCUCUCGGUACCUCUGCCUUUCAAAUAAAUAAACUCACCUUUAAAGAAAA